UCUGACAGGCGGCUGAUUUAGGGAUGAGACAGUUCUUGUCACACUUUAGAUGAAGGCUUUGAUUCUUGUAAAGGACACAUUCAUCCUGCUAUGGAGCCCAAUAGGAGCCCCGAUCAGCUGCUCUUCUUUGUCAAUGGGAAAAAGGUUAUUGAGAAAAAUGCUGAUCCCGGAAUGACCUUACUGACCUAUCUACGGAGAAAAUUGGGAUUACCAGGAACCAAGCUGGGCUGUGGAGAAGGAGGGUGCGGGGCCUGUACCGUGAUGGUUUCCCGGUUUAACCAGUUCCAGGACAGGAUACUACACUAUUCAGUCAAUGCCUGUUUGGCACCCAUAUGUUCCCUGCAUCACACGGCAGUGACAACAGUUGAAGGUAUUGGGAGUUCAAAGACACGACUUCACCCCAUUCAGGAAAGAAUUGCAAAAAGUCAUGGAUCUCAAUGUGGCUUCUGCACGCCGGGCAUUGUAAUGUCCAUGUACACCUUACUCAGGAACACACCGGAACCCACUAUGGACGACAUUGACAAUGCAUUCCAAGGGAACCUGUGUCGCUGUACAGGAUAUCGGCCUAUUCUUGAGGGGUUUAAGACCUUUACUAAAGAAGGAUGUUGUGGAAACAAGACAGAAAAUGGCUGCUGCAGAGAUAUGAACAGAGUAAAUGAGGAUAUUUCAGUGUCGUCAGCUCUGUUUGAUCCGUCUGAGUUCAGACCCCUGGACCCUACACAAGAGGUCAUUUUCCCACCGGAAUUACUGAUUUAUAAAAACUCCCCUCCAAAGUCGCUGUGUUUUAAAGGAGGCAACGUGACGUGGCUCCAGCCGUCCAAUCUUGAGGAACUAUUGGCACUUAAAGCUCAGUACCCAGACGCUAAACUGGUGGUUGGAAACACAGAGGUCGGUAUUGAAACAAAGUUUAAGAACAUGCAUUACCCAGUGAUCAUUGCUCCAGGCCUGGUUCCAGAUUUAAAUAUCAUUGAACAUAAGGAAGAAGGGAUCUACUUUGGAGCAGCCUGUAGUUUGGCCACCAUGGAAGAGGUGCUUAGAAAGGCAGUGGCCCAUCUCCCAGAUUACCAAACGGAAGUGUUCCGAGGAGCCUUGGAGCAACUGAGGUGGUUCGCAGGGCAGCAGAUACGUAAUGUAGCAGCCAUAGGAGGAAAUAUAAUGACAGCCAGCCCCAUAUCUGAUCUUAACCCUGUCUUCAUGGCAAGCGGCACCAAACUUUAUAUAUUCUCAAAAGACGGCAACAGAAUGGUCAAGAUGGAUGGGACAUUUUUCACUGGAUACAGAAGGACAAUACUGAGGCCUGAGGAAAUUCUGCUUUCCAUUGAGAUUCCAUAUUCCAAAAAAUGGGAGUACUUCUCAGCCUUCAAACAGGCGUCGAGGCGGGAGGAUGACAUCGCCAUAGUAACAAGCGGGAUGAGGGUUUUGUUCAAAGCUGGUAGCCCCCAGGUGGAGAGCAUUCAGCUGAGCUACGGAGGAAUGGCCCCCAUCACUGUCAUGGCAAAGAACACUUGCACAGAGCUUGCUGGGAAAUACUGGGAUGACAAACUCCUGCAGUCGGCAUGCCGGCUCCUUGCCAAAGAGAUGGCGCUGUCGCCCAGUGUGCCAGGGGGAAUGGUAGAAUAUCGGCAAACCCUGGCGCUCAGCUUUUUCUUCAAGUUUUACCUCACGGUGCAUAAGAAGCUGGCGCUCGAUCUCAAUGGGAAUAACAAUUUUGCUGAGACCCUCUCUCCUAAAGAUGAAAGUGCCACGGAAUUAUUCCAUAAAUCCCACCCUUGCAGCGUUCAGCUCUAUCAGGAAGUCCCAAAAGGCCAGAAAGAGGAAGAUAUGGUUGGACGGCCCAUGGUGCACCUUUCAGCCAUAAAGCAAGCAACAGGAGAAGCCGUAUACUGUGACGACAUGCCCCUCUACGAGAAUGAACUUUACUUAGUGCUAAUAACAAGCACCAAGGCACAUGCCCGGAUCAUUUCAAUCGACACUGAGGAAGCGGCGCUGACGCCAGGAUUCGUUCGUUUCCUGUUCGCUAACGACGUCCCGGGCAGUAACGUAACGGGCUUUGCGCAUGAUGAAACCAUAUUUGCUGAAGAUCUGGUGACUUGCGUUGGACACGUCAUUGGCGGUGUUGUUGCAGAUACACAAGAAAAUGCACAAAGGGCGGCAAAGCGUGUAAAGGUCUUGUACGAAGAGCUUACACCCAUCAUUACUAUCCAGGAAGCCAUUGAACAAGAGUCAUUUCAUCAGCCCAUAAAGAAGAUGGAGGACGGAGAUAUCGAAAAAGGUUUUAAAGAAGCGGAACACAUUGUAGAAGGAGAGAUCUAUAUUGGGGGGCAGGAGCAUUUUUACCUGGAAACAAACUGCUCCAUUGCUGUUCCCAAGGAGGAGGAUGGGGAGAUGGAAUUGUUUGUCUCCACACAGAACGCAACCAAGACGCAGAACUGUGUUGCGCAUGCUCUGGGGGUUUCAUCAAACAAGAUCGUGGUGCGAGUAAAGCGCAUGGGAGGCGGGUUUGGAGGAAAGGAGUCGAGAAGCACCAUCGUAUCCACAUCCAUUGCUGUUGCUGCACAUAAGACCGGGCGCCCUGUUAGAUGCAUGCUAGAUCGGGAUGAAGACAUGCUUAUAACUGGGGGCAGACACCCAUAUUUGGGGCGCUAUAAGGUUGGAUUCAUGAAAAAUGGGAAAAUAACCGCUCUAGAUGUUAGUUACUAUGCCAAUGCAGGAAACUCUGUAGAUCUUUCUCAUGGGAUUAUCGAUAGGACAUUAUUCCAUAUGGACAACGCGUACAAAAUCCCCAACAUCAGAGGGCGUGGAUAUCUAUGUAAAACCAACUUGCCUUCCAACACUGCGUUCCGUGGCUUCGGGGGGCCUCAGGGAAUGUUGGUUGCAGAAGCGUGGAUGAACCACAUUGUCCAGACUUGUGGCCUUCCAGCAGAACAAGUGCGAGAGCUGAACAUGUACAGCGAGGGAGACCUGACCCACUUUACCCAGCAGCUGGAGAGUUGCACCGUGCGUAGAUGUUGGGAGGAAUGUCUGAAACAGGCAAACUAUCACGAGAGAAAACGUUCUAUAGAAGAAUUUAAUAGGCAACACAGAUGGAAGAAGAGAGGAAUUGCAAUUAUUCCAACAAAGUUCGGGAUCAGUUUUACUGUUGCCUUCUUAAAUCAGUCGGGCGCCUUGGUCCAUGUGUACACGGAUGGGUCGGUUUUAUUAACGCACGGCGGCACCGAAAUGGGGCAGGGACUUCACACCAAGAUGGUCCAGGUUGCCAGUAAGGCCUUAGGAAUCCCAACCUCUAGAAUAUUUAUAAGCGAGACGAGCACCAAUACCGUCCCCAACACCUCUCCAACCGCAGCAUCUGUCAGCUCGGACCUGAACGGAAUGGCAAUAUUUAAUGCCUGUCAGAAAAUUUUGCAGAGGCUGGAACCUUAUAGAAACUCCAACCCUAAUGGGCCAUGGGAAUCCUGGAUCUCUGCCGCUUACCUGGACAGAGUGAACCUCUCAGCCACGGGGUUCUAUAAAAUCCCAGGCAUUGGGUAUGAUAUGGAGAAGAACGAGGGGAGGCCAAGUAAUUAUUUCAGCUAUGGAGUGGCCUGCUCUGAAGUGGAGAUUGACUGCCUGACCGGGGAUCACAAGAAUUUACGCACAGAUAUAGUCAUGGAUGUAGGAUCGAGCCUCAACCCUGCAAUCGAUAUAGGUCAGGUUGAAGGUGCCUUUGUCCAAGGCCUGGGGCUCUUUACCUUAGAAGAGCUGAAAUAUUCCCCGGAUGGGAUCCUGUACACACGCGGCCCUGGAAUGUACAAGAUCCCGGCAUUUGGCGACAUCCCCAUUGAAUUCAACGUGUCGCUUUUGCGAAACUGUCCCAACAGCAAAGCAAUUUACUCCUCCAAGGCUGUUGGAGAGCCCCCUCUUUUCUUGUCCUCCUCCAUAUUUUUUGCCAUAAAAGAAGCCAUCAUGGCGGCGAGAGCAGAAUCAGGGAUUACUGGGGCAUUUAGACUGGACAGUCCCGCCACCCCGGAACGGAUCCGCAAUGCCUGUGUCGAUGACUUCACUAAACUGAUCCCAGUUCCAGAGCCAGGAACGUUUCUACCCUGGGCGAUUAGAGUGUAACCCCCCUGGCACCAGUCAUUGCUACUGGAAACCACUAAGGAACAUAUCAUGUCUAAUCUCACAACUUGAGCCUCAACAAUCACUUUAUCAACCUGAUCAACGGGUCAACUCACCUCAUCUAAAGGAUCAUUAGACUUUACAUUGUCCUGUGUAGAACAAGGGAAUCUCUAGGCUGACAAGUGUUUUAUUGGGGGUUAUUGGUGCUGCUGCUAUUCCUGUAGUUUUCCAUUACCAACUAUUUUAGCUGAACAUGCCUCUUAUCACAUUAAACCUAACCUCUUAUCCUAUAAGACAUACUCCCUGCACAAUAGAAGGCCAAUGGGAGAUGCCAAGAACAUUGGUGUUAGCCUGCCUGUGACAAAUGGCAGCUUAGGGAAGGCUGAAAGCUAGAAGGAAAACAAAUCAAGAGGGAAACCAUUCUACCUUUCUCUUUUAAUAUUCCAAAUGCACAAAUACAAUAAGGCCAAAUUGACUUGAACCCACUAAGAUAUCCAUGGAUAUCCCUUUUUGUAAAAUAUAAGGAUAUUAUAAGUUAUCAAGGAGUUCCAUGACCAUAUAAAGGUAUGAGGCCGAAGGCUGAGUACCUUUAUACAGGUCAUGGAUCUGUGAAGUUACCUCUAUUAUCCUCAUAUUUUUCAAUAUUUUUACUAAUUAUAAUACAUGUUUCAGUGAGUCAUGUGACAGAAAUUACAUCACAAAGCACCAAUUAUAACUGAUGACAUCACCAAGCACCAUUUCUAAGGAUAUAAUUUACAGGGUAUUCAUGGCUCUUGUGUAUUAUAUUCAUAUUCUGUCCCCACCUACUCAUCCUAUUUACAUAUUUUGGUUCCCACUGCCACCCGUAGUCACACUCGCUGCCAUAAAGACAGCUCUGGGUAAGUCUCACUCAUCUCGAGCUAGGGCUUCAGCCGGAAGUCUGGCAGGCAGAAUACCUCAAACCUAAUCUCAGCGCACAAGGUGGUUUUGGAGCUUUAUAGAUCAGACAAUUGGCUAUAGUGUUAUUGUCAUGUAAUUCUCUGUACCCAGUCCCAGUACCCAGAAUGCAAUUAUAAUAAAAAGGAAUCUGGAAAUAA